CGUGGACAUGAAUCAACAAGCAGGUUUUUAACAUUUACCCUGUGACAUCUGACUAGACUGAAAACAUCCGUCUGUCUGGACGUUGCCAGAGGAUCUCUGAAGAGACUACUAAGAGCUCAGCUGUAUACAAACAUUGGAGUCAGAAAAUUUGAGCUGAUUUGUAAAAGGAAUUGUUCUACCAGAAUACCAAGAACAGACAACGAGGUCCUUUCUUUACCCAGAGGAAAACACAAGAAGAGGAUUCUUUCCAUUCAGCAAAAGGCAGUUAUUUAAAAGUGUCUCAAGCGGGAACCAAAAUGGAGCUUGAGAAGAUUAAUGGUCAUGUCAAGGAGGACGGGUUUGACGGACUUGAUGCCAUGGCAGAACAUGAAGAAUUUCUGCCACAUAAAGAAGGCACAAAGAAAGAAAUCCACUUUACAGAUUUUGAGGGAAAGACUUCAUUUGGCAUGUCCGUCUUCAACCUCAGUAACGCCAUUAUGGGCAGUGGAAUUCUGGGAUUGGCUUUUGCGAUGUCCAACACUGGACUCAUUCUCUUUAUUAUCCUGUUGGUGUUCAUUGCCAUUCUCUCUGCAUAUUCGAUUCACCUCCUGUUGAGAAGUGCUGGAGUUGUUGGGAUCCGGGCUUAUGAGCAGCUUGGAAAUCGUGCUUUUGGCCCUCCAGGAAAAGUUGUUGCUGGCGUUGUUAUUACGAUACACAAUAUUGGAGCAAUGUCCAGCUAUCUCUUCAUCAUCAAAUCUGAGCUCCCACUCGUUAUCCAAGCUUUUCUUGAAAAUGACGAAAGCAGUGGAGAGUGGUACUUGAAUGGAAACUUCUUGAUCAUCAUUGUUAGCGCUUUCAUCAUCCUUCCUCUUGCACUCAUGAAACAACUUGGUUACCUUGGCUAUACAAGUGGCUUCUCCCUCUCUUGCAUGGUGUUUUUCCUCAUUUCGGUUAUCUACAAGAAGUUCAACAUUGCGUGUCCGCUGGAGGACACGCAGAAUAACACGUCUGGUUAUGAUGAUCACCACCAUGGCGUAAACUUGACAGACGACUUCUGCGAGGCUAAAAUGUUUACCAUCAACUCACAGACCGCUUACACCAUCCCAAUUCUGGCCUUUGCUUUUGUCUGCCACCCAGAGGUGCUGCCAAUCUACACUGAAUUACGAGAUGCCACCAAGAAACGUAUGCAGGGUGUUGCCAACAUCUCCAUCUUGGCCAUGUUUUUCAUGUACCUAAUGACUGCCGUCUUCGGUUACCUCACCUUUUAUGGUGGUGUGGAGUCAGAGCUGCUACACACCUACAGCCGCCUGGGCCCCCGGGAUGUCCUCAUUCUCUGUGUGCGUCUGGCUGUGCUGGUGGCCGUCACGCUGACCGUCCCUGUGGUUCUGUUUCCGAUCCGCAGAGCUUUGCUGCAGAUCUUGUUCCCUGACAAACCUUUCCACUGGGCCAGACACAUCUUAAUUGCGUUUUGUCUUAUCUUCUUGGUCAACCUCCUUGUUAUCUUUGUGCCCAGCAUCCGUGACAUCUUUGGCAUCAUUGGAGCCACAUCUGCCCCUUCCCUCAUCUUCAUCCUACCUGGUAUCUUCUACGUCCGUAUUGUUCCGAAUGAACAGGAGCCUUUAAUGUCCAGACCCAAGAUUCAGGCUGCGUGCUUUGCUGCACUGGGAUUCAUCUUUAUGGUCAUGAGUUUGUCAUUUAUCAUCACUGACUGGGUGAGUGGAGAGUCUAGAAGCGGAGGUGGGCACUAACUCCCAUGACUGAACAGAGAAACUGAAUGAGGAAAAGAAUGUCAACUAAAGCUCCCUGCCAUUAAAUUACCCCGAAUGUGCUGAGAUCUCAUCCAAAGCCAGGUUUGGCCACACGUGAUGAAAGAUAUGUGAAGGACCUUUGCCUACUAAAAAAAAAAUAAAAGUGAUAGGGCAGUAAGGUCCGAAAAAUGGAGGAGAAAACAAAGAUGCAUGAGAAUACAAAACAAUGUGUCACUGGUUGCAGCAAGGAUACUAUUUGGAUUCAUGUAAAAGCCCAGAAAGAAGUAACAGCAAUAAGGAUGAAUGGGAACUGUGUGACUCAAAUGGAAAUCCCAUUUUAGAGUUUGGAAAUCCCACUUUAGUGUAUGGAUAUAUAGAGUUUCCACAAAAGCUCAGUCAUUCCUAAACUACUUCCAGUCUACUUCCCUACAAUUUCAGAUUUUUCAUGAUAGCAAUUUGAUGAGGGAUUUAGGAGCUUGCUUUUUUUUUUUUUAUGAAACAAAAUGAGACAUUUUAGUUUUGUUUUUUUUAUCUGUUGCUGUUUCAAUGUAUAUUAAUGACAUUUAGACAUGUCCAAAUUCUAAAUUUCCCUAAACUUCCACGGAUUCAGCUAAAUGCAGCCAUCAAGGGUUAGUCUGCAGCUCCACACUAACCAUUCCUGUCUAUCGAAAUACAACUCACAGUAGCUUGUACAUGGAACUGACUUAAUAAUGUGUUUAUAAUGUGAUAUGUUCUUUAAAUAUAUUAUGGCAUUUAACUAUUGUAUAGGUUAUUGUCAUCACAGUUGGGUCUGAGGCGAUCUUUUAUGGGUGAUCCAACAGAUACGGUGCUGUUUGUGGAGGUUUUGCUGCUAUUAAUGAAGGUCAAACACAGUUACUGAAAAUCACAUGCAUAGCAAAGACAAACAAAGUGGUUUGUACAAUUUCCAAGUCUCAAAUGUGUCCCUAAAGACAGCAUAGCUGCAAACCAAAUAUAUUUAUUGUGUCAUAUUAAAAUGGGUAAAAACCACACUAUUUUUAAAAAAUCCUGUUCUGCAAAGUCCAGUUACAAAUUCAGGGUUAAACACACACUGUGUUUUUAUGGUGAAUAAUGACCCAUGAAUUUAAGUUAGUGAUCUUUUUUUUGUCUUGAAGAUUUGCUUUAAAUCCUCUUUAUUGUUAAGUUAAUUUGAAUGUUGUCAAUAAAAUGUCUUUGUACAAACAAA